UCUGAAAACAGGUCAUCAAGAACGAAACGUCAGAGGGCAGAAAUUAAAUAGUAGAAAAAAUACGUGAAUUAUUCCUGUCGAAAAUUUUAAUGUUUGACGACACAAAACGUAUAACUUGGAGGAUAGAUUGUUUAAAUUGUAAACUAUAAACAAAAAGUUUGUGUAGGCACUUUCCAUAUUGAUCAAGAAUAAAAAUUUAAUUAUUGCUGGAAUUCGGAAACAGAAUGUCCUUACCACAAGGUGACAGCUUAUACGGAAACAGAAAUUAGGAAUCACGUCCAACAACACAUCGCGUUGAGUUUCAACAGCAGUGCUAGGUUUUUGGGCAAAUUAAAUAGUAUGUUGCCACUUUUUAAAGAAUCGGAUGAAUUUAUCAGUCCGUUGACGAUUGGAGUGAUCGCUGUAAUUAUCAUUUACUUCGCUUGGCGCUCAACAUACGUACGGGAAGACCGCCCCAAUUCGUCUGGUACAGUUCUAGUCAUCGAAAACAAUUUACGAAGACUAAAUCAUAUCACUCAGCAACCGGUCACCAUCAACAUCCUUCGAAGCUCAUCACAGCAGUCAAAUAUUUCCAACGUCACGGAAACAGAGGAACUAGAUCUUGAAAACGACAGCAUAGCUUCGUCUAUCGACAACAUCACUCAAUCAAUUCUGACAGAGGCAUCUGAAUCAGCCACUGGUCUGGAUAUAAGUGACUCCGAAACUUAUCCCAGCACUUCGGUUGCUAGAGGCAAUUUGGAUGAUAUUGAUCCCGGUCCAGAGGAAAUAAUUCGACAAAUGGAUCAUCGUGAUUCAGAUUCUGAGAGACUUUCCGAAAUCGAUGGAGUAAGACAUCGGGUAGUGUCUCAGUCUCCUACAAAAAAUAACUGUUCUAAUGGUGAGAACAGUGAAGUGAGACCAACUAAGGAAACGUUGCAGGUGAAACAAAUAAGAAUUAAAUUAAAAUACUUGAAUGACGAUUCUAGGCUGGUAGAAGGUGAUCUGAACGAAAAGAUUGGGGAUUUCAAAAAGCGUAAUUUUUCUAUCGACCUGGCAGCGAAAAAGCUUGUUCGAUUGGUGUUCAACGGACAUGUCUUGCAACCGGAUUCGAGAACUUUGGCUGCAUGUGGACUAUUCGACAAUUGCGUUGUGCACUGUUUGAUUCACAACCCGAAGCCACAACAGAGUGGCACUGAUGGUAACGACUCUGGCACCAAUUCCAUCAGAGAUACCGGAGGUAGCGAGAGUGGCACGCAAAAUGCAGUCAAUCCCGAAGGAGUUGAAUUCAGGAACACCGGUCGGGAUAACAUGACACGUUAUGGAACGUACUUCAUCUACAUAGGCACAUUUAUCCUAUCCGCAACCAUAUGCUACUGCUGGUACUGUAGGUUUCACUACAGUCACUUGUUCAAUUUAAAUUCAACGAUUGGCCUGAUUGUUACUACCACAAUUUUCCUUAUAAUGAUGCCAACAAUCAUUCUUACUGACAGCCAUUCAGCCAACUAGACCCUUACUGUUAAAUCAUUCGCGAUAGAGGUGAGCACCAAAGCAGCGAAGCACGGUGAGCCUUACUUUACUGAAAUUGACUAUAAAAAUCGUCGCUUGCCGUCACUGGGAAGCCUAGUCCAAGCAUGUAAGUAGAACGGCAUUUUAUAUCAACUGUAUUGCUGACACGAGAGAAAAAAAACACCGAUCGCUUUUAUGUUUACAGUGAAA